GAAAAAACACAAACAAAUGCGCAUGCAGCAUAGGCGAAGCGGACAACUGACGUGCAGCGCUGGCUGCGGCGCCGCCUUGGUGCCAGGCGCUGACUUGACAUAGAGAACAGCAAUAUGUUCAAUUUCUUUAAGUGGUUGUUCGCUUUUACAUCAAGUGGUAAAAAAGUUCUAUCUUCAAAUCAAAGUAUCAACAAAAACAAGUGGCUAAAAUAACCAAAGCUUCAUCUAUAAUCUUCAAAUCAAAGUACUGCGGUGAGAACUUAGACGAGCACGUAAAACCUCCCAAACCACCCACAUAGAGAAGAUGGACGAGUGGAAGGAGCAUGCCACUCGGGCAGCGCAGCUGUUCGAUGCGCUGGCGAAAGACGCAAUGAUGACCUUGUCCGAAAUCCGGGAAACGCCGUGUCUCGCUCAAUUCCGCGAGGAGUAUGAGAAUCUGCAUUCGGCGCUGCGGAAAGCGCAUGAGAACGAAAGGAGAUUGAUCAAGAAGAUUAUGUUGAAGAAACCAGUAGUCACUACUGUAUUGUAUUCAGAUUCACUGGCUUGUAGGUAUUUGAUUUUUGUUCAGUUCUUCGAAGCAGAGGUCUAAGAUUUUUCAAUUGUCGUGUUAGAACUACUUAUCCGGUGGAUGAUGUUAGAGAAUCAACCUGCUCGUGUUUCCGUUGUAGGACUCUUUGUAUUUUUUGUGCUAGCAGCUCCAAGCACAAUAUUCAGUAAUACUGAGCAACACCCUACUUGUACUUCCCGCCUCUAAGAAAAGCAAAGACCUGUCGAACGAAUUGCACCAGUACCAGAACAAGGUUGCAGAAACAUUGCACGCUGCAACUGGAAACCAAGAGCUGGGGCAACAGCUUAGUUCCGAUAUCAAAGGCUUGGAGAAGAAGAUCAUGGACAAUAAGGAGACCCUGCUUUCGAAACGCGACCUCUGUGACGGAUUAGAGCGGAAAAUCGACGAACUGAACACGAGCGAUCAGAGAGGUAUUCUUGCAGAAUGGCUAUUAGCAUCAAUGAAUGAGUGGGUCUUCCAUGUUCACCUUCUUCUAUCACCUCCAUUAUUAUAGGAGAUUUAGUUUGAGAGCAAGGGGAAAAUUCAUCAGCUUUGCUUCGAUCUAGAGUCUCAUCAUUAUUUUGAGAGCAAGCAACUGUUGAGUACUUCAAUAUCAAGAUCGUUGAGACUUCCAUGAACGAAUCCUUAACAGGAACUCAUUGAAUCUGUUACCCUUUUAGGUGUCACUGACGAGGACCAUGCCCGACUGCAGUCUUUGACCUUGCAGAAGUUAUGACACCAGGCACCGGCUCAGUUUUGUGCUUCUAUUGCAGUGAAAGUUGUGAGACUCUGGGUGAGAGGUUUUCACUAAUCUGUGACUGGAAGUUCAUCAUCCUCUCUAAUUCCCGAACUCCAGCAAAGAGAGGUGGAUCGGGCUGCUGAGGAUGUACAGCAUUUGGGGAUAGUGUCUGAUAGGACAAGGGCAGAGGUAGCGGAGCUUCAAGGAAAAUGCGCCAAGAGUGAAGCAGCAAUAGGAGCACUCAGGGAGAAGAGUAUGACUUCUGGAUGGCAAUAUAACUGUUUUUCAUUCAUCACACUGCAUUUUACUUCUUACUACUAAACGACUUGAAUUACCAAUCUCACAGUUCCUGUUUUUCACAGUGUCGAUCGAUGUGAAUUUUUUCUUGCUACAACGGGUAGUUUUUAAGUUGAAAUAUCCCAUUCUCUGCACAGUCACUCUUGCUCCCACCCUAUGCUGGUGUGUAGUGUGAUUCGUCUUUUCCCUUGCAUUCUCGCAGCGUUCUCACUCCCAUCCUCUAUUUGACCUCUUUUACUUCCGUUUCUGUCUCUCUCGUUCAUCAGCAUCAUUCUUUCUCGUUCAUUCCCCUCAACGAAAAAAAGCGUGAAGUCGAGGAAAUCACGGACAAGAGGAACGAACUCGAGAAGGACAUCGAUGAUUUGACCAUGGUCAGUGAGGAAAAUCGCGCUGAACUCCGAUCAAAACAGCAGUCCUUCUCACAUGAGACCCAGAUAUUACAAAAUUAUGGAAUACAAGUUACCGUUAGGUGUUUAGUAGUUGUACUUUUGCUCUUUGUACUUGUAGUGAAGAUUUCUUAGUCUCAGGGUCUAGAAAAAAGCGGAUGGAAAAAAUCUUGAGUUCGAUGUAGUACUUACCUACUCGGGGGGCGUUGCCGAUGGUACUGAGUGACCAUUUGAGAUUCAAUGAUGAUGAUCUUUCCUCGCCAACACCGACGCUUCUUCUAAGACAGAAUAGAGCAAGCGAGUCGGGAUAUGGUCACGGAAGAGGGCGUCAUGGAGGGAGAAUAUCGAAGGUUGCAGGAAGAGAUACGACUUUCCACCUUGAAAAUAGAUGAAGGUACGGCGAGCAAUGGGUUAACGUGUAACUGUAAGUAGCUAAUAGCCUUCACAGUGUAGACCAGUUGAUAUGUUGUUUGAUACGUUUCUUUGAUAAGAUGUUGAAGCGAUCGAUUACUCCUCCAGUGCAGUCGUAGUAUCGUAGUACAAGAAGUCUCUCUUCCACCGUGUAAUCUAACUAAAACUGAUUUGUCAACUACAUUGGAACAAUCAGGAUCCCAGUACUUGUUCCUUUUGCAUAUACUCACCCUACUAUGCUUAUCCCAGCACUGCUUUUACUAUUAAUCAAUCACACUACUUCUAUGGCUCCUUUUUUCGGAAUUCCUAUCUCACCACACUAGUAUGAUCGCCCCACUAUACUUACCCUACUAUGUCCGGGAAACCCUACUUCACUAUGCCCAAAACCCUACUGACCCCACUAUGUUUGUACUGAAUACUUAAUAUGUCCGAAGCCCUAUGUUUGUCCUAUAGUACUUACCCUACUAUGUCCAAAACCCGUCUUCAUUCCCCAGCAGGUGAAGAUCAAGAAAGCGGAGCACGAGAACGGGGUGAAGAAGCAGAUCUUAGACGAGAAGAGCUCUGCCAGGAAAGCGCUCAGGAAAGACAUCUUAUGACAGCCAAAGGUGGUAAAGACGAUAGAAAAAGAGGAAAGGUACUAGACGAAGGUAGGCUUUCAAUAACAGACGAGGAACCUCGAUCCAUUACAGCCACCGUUGGUCUUUCAAAGAGUUGCUAUAGAUCAUAUACUAAAACUAUAACACUCCGUAUUAUAGUUUUAGUCAUCUUAUGGUAGUAUGCCAGGAGGAAGCUACAGACUUGAUGUAGGAUGUACAACGAUAUUGGAUGGCCUCAGAAGUGGACGAUAGGUGCUACAAAUGAGGCACCAUGAUGACAUGACAGCACAUGUGAUGGGGACCGUUUCUGUUUGAAACAAGAAAAAGCUUGUGACAGCCACUGUUGGUCUUGUUUCAAAGAGUUAGAUCAUACCUAUGCAUAUCUAGAAGUACAAAACCAAGUAGGUAGAUCAUGCAGAAGAACAGCAAUCAAGAUACUGCUCUAAGAAUCGAUGUCAGGAUACAGGGAGCGCUGGACACACUGAAGGAGAACAUCAUCCAGAGUGAGCAGAUCAGGAAAGACGUAUUUAUACUCUUUGUUAGGCGAGCAGAUAGGGAAAGACAUACUAGCUACUCUGUCUUUCAUCACAGAUAAGGAAAGACCCACUACUUUUUCUUUCAUCACAGAUAAGGAAAGACGUACUACUUUUUCUUUCAUCACAGAUAAGGAAAGACCCACUACUUUUUCUUUCAUCAACUAUGAGGUUUGUGAUGAGAUGAAGUGUGUUUGUGUGUGAUGAGAAGUGUGCAUUCUGCUUCGUUUGAUGAUGUCACUAGGUGUGGUGGCUUCAGCUUCGUAGAUUUACUGGCGAACUGAAUCUAAAGGGAUGAAUAACUGUGAGUAGCCUACCAGGAAAUGAAUUGAUUGAUUGGGCGAUAAAAAACCACUUUUUCGAGAAUUGGGAGUUUGAAUCUGAAAGUUUAGAAUUCCAUCAUCAUCGAAAUCAUGGCUAGUGUCAUAUUACUUGGUAAAUCCUUGCAGUUGAGCCUGUUAAUGUUUAGGGGUGAUACGCAUACGUAUGCUUGUCAUCAUGCCAUCAGUUAUGGAGUGUGGAUCUUGAUGAUUGUAGCCAUCAUGAUUCUCAUCAGAGAAGAGAAAAGUACAAUGUCAGCAAAUGAAUUGAGUUACUGGGCGAUAAAAAAACAUUUUUUCGAGGAUUGGACGUUUCAACUUGAAAGUUUGAAGUUUCACAAUCAUCAAAAUAGUGAGUACGGUCAUCUUCUAUAGGAUAUCAGUUUUAGUAGUUCUAGACAGCUUUUUGCAAGCUGCUUACCCUCUGCAUUCAAGCAGGAACAGUAUGCUAUAGUAUCAAUACCUCUCUGACCAGCAUCUGCAUUCAAGCAGGACCAGUAUGCUCUAGUAUCAGUUUAGUACGUGAACAAAUUCUCACUGUCUUCAGGCCGAGGAAGAGCGCACAAGCUGGCGAGAUAAGGUACAUGACGCGGAGGCAGACCGCGAUCGGUUACAGAAGGAAAACGACGCUGAGCAGAAGCGCAUAGAAAGCCUGCUGCGAGAGCGUGAUAUCCUAAACAAAAACGUCAUCAAGGCAGACGAAAAAACAAAACAGCAGAUAGAACUGGUGCAUCAGCUACAUUUAGUUUAUAAGUCAUUACCGGUGCUGAGUUUUCCGUCAUGCAUCCUAGAUUAGUCCCUUCAUCCAAUAAGUCAUUGUCUUGUACAGGUAGUACAUAGCCUCUGUGUUCGCAGUACUAAAUGAAAACGAUUUCGAGUUAGUACCUGCUAAAUCCUUCUUUUCGUAACUAAUCGUCAGGUUCGAAACAAGGAAAGCGAAGUGUCGCAAUUGAAGAAGGAGAUAGGGAAAUGGAAGCACGACGCUCAAGAGUUUCGGAAGAAGAUCUACCAACUCGAGAAUUAAGAGCUCUUUAUUCCACAUUAGUUUUAGUUACAUCCUUCGGGCAGUAACAUGAUCCUUGACGACCUUUUCCUUUUGUCAAGCCUUGACGUGAUCCUUGACGACCUUUUCCUUUUUUCAAGUGGGAAAUAGCAGUUGGUCAAAGGACAUGUUCUGAAGAAUGUAAUGCUGCAACCUUUAAUAGGAGCAAAGAGAAAAAGUGGCAAUCGAUCUAUCUACUGCGAACACGAAAUACUACAGCGGGUUGGAAGAUUAUGGAUGCUGAUGCUACUAGACAGAGUAUUCGAAAACUUAAAAUAUGCGAGUAAGAAACACACUAUCUCUGAUUAAGUUAGCGUCUAGGCUAUUCGUUAUUUAUCAGUAUAUCGAAUAGUCUACUUUUCCUGUCAGCCUCUUCAUAUUCAUGUAGGUGUUUGUAGAGGUGUGUUUUCUAAUGGAGAAGAAGCUGUUGUAGGCUCAGUAUCUUUAAUAAAUGUCUCAUGAGGUGGGAUAGUUCACUGCUAGAAGCACCCGCUUCUAACAUUAGCUUAAGGCACGAGAUGAAAGGCUCAAUGAGGUGCAGAAGCAAAUCGGCGAUAUGGAGACCAAGCUUGCGACGCAAAAGAAUCUAUAUUAUGACCCUUUAGAAGACGAGGAAGAAGAUGAUUGCUGUAGAGGCUCUCCGUAGGAGGUACCUCUUCACUGAAUGGCCUCGUACGUAGAUGCGUAACGCCAUACACGAGGCACCUUGACAUGACAUUAUACAUAGUAGUUGUGAAGAUCCGUCGUAUAAAUUUCUAUCAUCCUCCCGCUGCGCAAGUUGAAGAUUGUGAUGCAGUUGAUGUAGUAUGAUCAUCGAGCUCGGUAUUAGCCGUCGGGUUUCUUGAGCUAGACCGUUACAAGAAGCUGUAGUGAUCACACCUAGCCGUGUGCUAUGCUACCCACCAAGAGAUCGCUAGACUUACAGCAAGGAAGCUGUCACGGACGUACUUGCUGAUGCAUCUAGUUUACGCGGAAUACUUGUAAUAUAUCUUUUGACAUUUUCCUUCUAAUCCCUCGACGCCGUUGUCGCGGAUAGGAAUGUGUACUCGAAGAACCUGAUAGAGUCCAAUGUUAAGGCUCGAUACGAUUGAUUUCC